AUGCAAAAAUUUGCGAUUAAUUUCGAUGAUCAACAACAGGAACAAGACGAAGACGAAACUGUUAUUGUUGUCGAUACUGUUAGAAGACCAGUUUCACUUCGUUCAUCUUCGAGCCCAUCUAAAAGCCCAUCUAAAAGUCCAUCGCCACCAAGUUCGCAACACAGUUCAGGAAGUCUACCAAAAACACCGGAAAAAGGAACUUCGCCAAGUGAUCAACAGUAUUCUCAGCAACCAUUAAGUUCUAUGGAUCAAAAUAUCCGAAGGUACAGAACGGCUUUCACUAGAGAACAAUUAUCUCGGUUGGAAAAAGAAUUCCACCGUGAAAAUUACGUCAGUAGGCCUCGUAGAUGCGAGUUAGCGGCGCAGUUGCAAUUGCCAGAGUCAACCAUCAAGGUGUGGUUCCAAAAUCGUAGAAUGAAAGACAAACGUCAACGUAUAGCAAUGGCAUGGCCAUACGCCAUGUAUGAUCCGGCAAUAGCGGCAACCUUAUUUGCAGCAGCUACGGGAACUUUACCACCACCACCAUCAGCGUAUGGAACAACGCAUUUAACGCCACCCUAUCCAGCUGCGGCGGCAGCGGCGUAUUACGCUGCACGGUAUUCCCCCUAUCCAAAUUCAGUUUGUUCCCCCACCACUACGACAUCCUCCCUCCACAGGCCGCAGCCACGGACUGCGGCAGGUUCCUAUCCGACUGCUCACUCACAUUUAAUAUCCCCCCACCACUCUCUUUUACCUCCCCUCCACUUAGCCCCGUUGGGCGUUCCUAGUGUCGGUAGCACCGCCUUUCAAAACGGCGCCCCGACUAAUCCAGGCCUCACAGGUAGUCCUUAUCGAACGCCGAUUUUAUCUAAAUUAAGCCCAGUCGAUUCCGAAGCGUCCAAUGAUUGCGAUUGUACUUCUACUCAAAAACAUCAAACUCAUCAUACGCCUAAUUCGUCACAAUUACUUGCUUAUCGAUGA